UCCCAAACCACCCCUUAUUCCCUUAAUUAUCUCCUCCUAGUCCAUGUCAAAUCCUCUUCUAUGUCUCUGUCUAACCCAAUAUUCCAUUACAGAUUUUGUUAAACUAGGUAUGUGUGCCUUCUGUUAAAAUUAUCAAAUCCUAAAAUAAAAUCUCGCUGUCGAUUAACGGUGGCGUUGAUGUGCGUACUACGAAAAGAAUAUGGCUAUGAAGAUAUGCAAUUAACGAAGACAAUGGCGUUGCAUUUAUCAAAACCUAAAAUACGAUCUUUUAAGAAACUUGUGGUGAUAAAAAAUGAUUAAUUUUCUCAAAGAAAAUGGAUUAUGGAGAAGAUAUGUAAUUAAUGAAGAAGAACAAAGGAAUGGUUCUUGGCCGUGCAGGGUUUUGGAAACUUGAAUAAUUAGUUACUCGCUGUCAAAUGGAGAACAUGUUAAGGUUGGGUCCCAAAGAAAUGAAAGGAUCGAUAUGGGACGAAGGUGGAGGGACUACAAUUGUGCAAAUUCUAAUUUCACAUAGACACUAUCAGAUCGAUUCGAUCCAGUUCCUAUAUGCUGUAAAUGGGAAAGUGUUUCGUUCAGAAAUUCGUGGAGAACUCACUGGUUUAAAAUUUGAUAUGGUAACAUUUGAUCACCCAAGGGAGUAUUUGACUUCUGUAAGUGGUCAGUAUAAUAAUGGCGCCUACAAUGGCGAAUUGGUUUCGAUUGCAUUUGGUACCAACAUCCGUAAGUAUGGACCCUUUGGACGUGUUGUUGACAAUUCGCUUACGCAGUUUGUGUAUAAUUUUACACCAAAGGUUUCAUUUGGGGGAUUUUAUGGUAGUGUUUACAACCAUUCUGUGUAUGCCAUUGGGGUGUAUGUUAGGCCCCUUGUGUCGCUUGCUGAAAUUGAAUCGUAUAUUAUCAAGGAUGAAGAACGAAGAAGAUGAGGAAACUUUUAAAGUUUUUUGUAUAAUUUGCUACCUUGGAUGCAAUGAUGCAUUGCGAAUGGAUUCUUAUUUAUCUUAAUAGAGUCUUUAUAAUUAAAUAGUCC